GUGUAACUGUGUAUUGUAGAUCCGGUGGUGCCUUCAAUUGCGUUCUGGUCUGCUUUCGACGACUUUUCGAAUCGCUUUCGUGUCUGUUCAGCUGCUUUUUGGGCCUCUGGACGACUUUGAAGUGAAGUUCGACGACUGUGAAGUCUGUUCAAGUAAUAGUACUUUUCAAGUCGCUACAACGUCUUUAUUCACGACAGCGCGAUGAACAGCAACAACGCAUCAUUACUCCGAGACGCCCUCCUGGACGACGGUCGCUUCGUGCUGCAGCCGGUGGUCGCCAAGCUCUACCGGGGCGGCCGCCAGCGCCCGGACUUCUUCUUCAAGAACAACGCGAAACUCCAACAUAAGAGAUACGACAUCAUCUUCAGCCGCGACCAGCGUGCGGCAAUAGAGAGGAGCGGGUCGUCCAUUAGCUACGACAUCUCCUCUGCCUCGGAACAGUAUGACGUGUCCCUCCUGGCACUUCUGGCGGAGCACGCCUGCGGCCUGCCGUCCUCGGACCCUCUGCUGAAGAAGGCUCUGGAAGUUCGGAGUAAGAGGAACACCGUCUGCCAUAACGGCGGGAACUCGGUGAUCACAGAUGCGGCUCUCGGCGAGGAGCUGAACGACCUUCUGGAGCUGUACAUCGAGAUUCUCGACUUGCUGGAGGAGCGCUCGUACUCUGACUUGUCUAGUGAGAAGAUGAAGGUGAGGCUCCGCAUCGAGGAAAAGAGGAAAAGGGUGAAGUCAUCGUACGAUGACGAUUCCAGAGCCGUGGCUCUCUAUACCUCUCUUUCCCGUGCCUCUCCCGUCCGGACCUCUUCUUUAUCGAGUACGAAGUACAGAUGCAGUCAUGACGAAGAUGAUGAUGAUGACAGUGACAGCAAUUAUUAUUAUUAUUCCCAGCCUACGACCCGUUUUGUUUCUCACCGCAGUGCCACCUCCACCAAUUCGAGCUCGGAAAUCCCGACGUGGGGGAAGGUGGCUAUGGGGGUCGCCGGAAUAGCAGCCCUUGGAAUAGCGGGGGCAGCUGCAGCAAAUUCCACCAACAGGAAUGAGCGCAGUAAGCAGGAGCGAAGAGACGAGGAAUGCGCCGUCAUGUAACUCUGUGACUCUACGCCAUCGUGUGACCAAACCGGAGAGAAAUUGCGAAUGCUUUGGUGUAGGCCUACUAUAUAGUCUUGCUUCCAAAUCUAAGUUCUUGUUUGUUUGCUUGUUUGUAAAAUUCAAUGCGAGUUUUCUCAAAGCCACUUAUCAGUGUAACAAGCUCUUUUUUUUUUUAUGUAUCUCUGCACAUACUUUAUUACACUUCGCCCAGAACUAGUCGCAUGAAUGUUUAUAAAGUGAACUGAAAAGGAAAUAAAUAAGGUUUUGGCCCAUUAUUCAGGUGUUGCCUAAUUUAUGCUCACCUUUGAAAAGUAAUAAUUUGUCAUAAAAAUCAAUGCAAUCGACGCUGACCACAAAUGUUAAUGGAGCACCUCAGUGGCAUGGUUGGUAUGGAGUUUGCUUCCCACCUCGGUGGUCGCGGGUUCGAUUCUCGGCCAUUUCAUUGAGGAGUGAGACAUGUGGGUAGCCAUCUGCUGUAUUAAUAAUAAUGAUGAUGAUAUUAAUAAUAAUAAUAUGCACAUUAUAGGUGACGGGAAGAAAGUGAUGUGAAUUAGCAAAGAAAAUAAUGGAUUCGGUCAGUCUGGAAGUUUAGACUCAUUUAUUUACUAAAUAAGCACGUGGCAUUUAUUUAAAUUUAAUAAAUUGUAUGUAUGAUAGCACAUUAAAGGAGUUAUAUACCUAAAUUUUAUACAAAACGGAAAUUGUUCAGUGAAUUCUAGUGUUUGUUUGUCUAGACUAAAUUCCUUCAGUUCAGUCUAAACUUCCGACAGACGACGAUCUAUUCUACACACGCGUUUAUCAUAUACGAACGCGAAAGGUUAAUUCUGAAUAGUUAAAUUAGAUUUAGAUUAAUAUAUUAAAUGAGUCAGAUAUAUAAAUUUGAUACAGAAUAAUAAAAAUUAUUCAAAGAA